CUGGUUAGAUUCCACUUGCCUCCCAUCUGCUUUAUGAAAUAGGGACUAUAAGUAGGGGAAGUUCCAGGCUUGUUCACAUCUUCCCAUCGUUUUUGCUCUACUCUUCAUUUGGCAAUCCAUUCCAAAGGCCUUCCAAAAACAUACUGGUGGAUAUGGCUGGUUGUCCUGCAACACCUGAUCAGUCUUACCAUGUCAGAUCCAUCAGCAUGCCAUCUAGAGAUCACCCUCUCAAGCUCGGAGUAGAGGAAGAGAUGCAGAAGCUCAAGUCUAUGGUGGCUCAAUCCUGUUUAUCAGCCCAAACUAUAUGCGAGGGAUUGAGAGCGCUCGGAGGUUUGUACGAGUGCAUCGAGGAGCUUCUCCACUUGCCUAUGAGCAAAUAUUCCAACAUACAAGAAAAAGAAAGUGUGGAAGUGGAGUUGGACGGAUCUGUCAGGCUGCUGGACUUGCUUGGCAUCAUGAGAGACUGCAUGAUGACAACAAAGGACCAGAUCAGAACGCUUGAAAUAGCCCUCAGAAGACAAGGAGUAACAGUUGCAGAGAGCAAGAUGUAUACUCACAUUCGUUUUGACAAGAAGGCAGAGAAGGGUAUCAAGAGUAUCUUCAAAUUACUGAAGCAGAUGGAUGACAAGUAUGUCUCAUGUUGUACCAACGGCAAGGACUCAUGGAUGGUGACCGAGAUUCUGAGGGAAGCAAGAACAAUCACCAUUUCCCUUCUCCAGUCCAUCUUCAAAUUCUUGUCCUUGCCGAGGCCGCAAGGCAAAGCUAGCAGAUGGUCUCUUAUCUCAAAGGCAUUGCAAAAGAGGAAAGUGGCCUGUGAGGGCGAGCAAGAGGAAAUUGAAGAUAAUGAUGGGAAGAUACAGAGGGCACAAAAUCAGUUGCAGACAUUACAAAACAGCAUCGAAGAUAUUGAAACAGAAUUAGAAUGCUUAUUUAGAAGACUAAUAAAAAAUAGAGUCUCUCUUCUUAACAUCCUAAGCCUGUAAUGAUCUCAACAGCCUUUUUGCUCGCAUGCCCUCAUUAGCAUCUGCAUUUUAGAGGAACUGCUAAUGACUGUAUAUUGUAUCAAUUUUGUAAAAGAGUUACAAUGCACUCUAUAUUGUUUCCCAUUUCCCGUAGUAGUG